AUGUUUGCCAAGUCGCUGGUUCAUCUGAUCGACGUGUCGAAGCGCCCAGUGCGCGGGGUCGAUUACCUGCGCAACCGCUUCACCAAUAAAGGCACAGCCUUCACCGCUGCAGAGCGGUCGCACAUGAACGUGGAGGGGCUGCUGCCGCCUUCUGUCGAGACCCUCGAUGAUCAGGUGGAGCGGUACUGGGAUCAGCUGAACCGCUUCAACGAGCCGAUCAACCGCUACCAGCUGCUGCGCAACGUGCAGAACACGAAUGUCACCCUCUACUACGCCAUCUUGACGCGGUACCUGAAGCAGACACUGCCGAUCGUGUACACGCCAACCGUCGGCGAGGCCUGCCAGCGCUACGGUGACCUCUAUCAAAAAGACCACGGACUGUACCUCGACAUCGCUAGCAAGGGCAAGGUGAGGCAGAUGAUUCAGAACCUUCGCAAGACAAACGUCGACAUCAUCGUGAUCACCGAUGGCUCCCGCAUUCUCGGACUGGGCGACCUCGGCGCCAACGGCAUCGGCAUCAGCAUCGGCAAGUGCUCCCUGUACGUCGCUGCGGGUGGCGUGAAGCCGAGCCGCGUGCUACCGGUCGUCAUGGACGUUGGCACAAACAACCUCGAGCUCCGCAACAACCCGCUUUACCUCGGCUUGCGCAAGCCGCGCUGCGGCGAUGCCGCCUUUUACGCUCUGCUGGAUGAGUUUAUGGAAGCUGUGAAGGAGACCUGGCCCUCCGCUGUCGUGCAGUUCGAGGACUUCAGCAACAACCACUGCUUCGACAUGCUGGAGCGCUACCAAAAGAAGUACCGCUGCUUCAACGACGACAUCCAGGGCACCGGCGCCGUCAUCGCUGCUGGCUUCCACACGGCGGUGAAGCUGAGCAAGAUCCCGAUGGCGCAGCAGCGCAUCGUCUUCUUCGGCGCCGGCUCCGCUGCGACCGGUGUGGCGGAGAGCAUCGCCGACCUCGCCGCUGAGGCCGGGGUGAAGAAAGAGGACAUCAAGAAGAACACCUUCUUCGUCGACUCGAUGGGCAUGGUGGCCACCAACCGCGGUGACAAGCUGGCCAAGCACAAGCUGGGAUGGGCCCGCACCGACAUCCCUGACGCAGAUAUUGCAAGCCUCAAGACCCUCGAGGACGUUGUGCGCUACGUGCGGCCGACCGCGCUCAUCGGUCUCGGCGCCACAGCCAACGUCUUUUCGCGGGAAAUUGUGGAGUUUCUGCACUCGUGCUGCGCACACCCGAUCAUCUUCCCGCUGUCGAAUCCGUCCAGCAAAGCCGAAAUUGUGCCGGCGAACGCAUACAAGUGGACGAACGGCGAUGCCAUCGUGGCCUCCGGCAGCCCCUUCCCCGAGACGGUCGUCAGCGGCCGCACGCUGCAACCGUCGCAGGGCAACAACCUGUACAUCUUCCCCGGGGUGGGUCUCGGCUGCUGCAUUGCUCAGCCGCCUUACAUCCCGCAGGAGGUGCUGGUGGCGGCCGCUGCCUGCCUGAGCACGCUGGCCACGCCGGACGACCUCGCCAGGGGGCAGCUGUACCCGCCUAUUGAAGAGGUGCCCCGCGUGUCGCGUGAGGUGGCCGUGGCGUGUAUUCAGAAGCUACAGGAGAUGGGGCUGGCCAAGGCGGAUCUCCCAGACAACCGCCCAGACCUGAUGAGGAUGGUGAAGACAGCUUUCUGGGAGCCACGCUACUUGCCCGAGAACUACUACCUGGAGAAGGACUUUAUUUCCUGA